AUUGUGCGAUGUGAAUCCAGCGUUUACAUAUACAUGUAUUUUGCAACGUUAAAAAAAAUUACAAUGUUUUAAGUUUUUCAAAAUUAAUAUUUCUUCGAGUAUAUAAUACAGUCCUGCGCAGAUUCAAAAAUAGCGCAAAUCGCGUGGAAACUGACUGACUAGACAAAUAAUAAUGCGACUUGAAGCACGAGUCAACAAAUAUUGCAAUUUCCUCUGACUGAAUCAUGAUUUUCACGUAUGCAGUUGCGAGAGAUGUAAACACAAAAACAACACAAAAAUUCAAAUAAGUUCAUUCGAUUUUGCGACGGAUGGCCAGGAUGGCGUUUCAACAGCGACUGUAAUCGAUCGAAACUUCAAAAAACAUAACCCUACUUUUUAAAAAUUCCUGGUAAUUCCGGUGUACGUCUACAGAGGGCAGUACUAUCACCAGUUACAGCGGCGCUGUUCGAUCAGCUGAUUUUUUAUACUCGUACGCGGCGAAUAAACAAGUUGAUGUUUACUCGCCGAUUUCAUUGCGCAGAAAAGUUACGGAACUAAAGGAAGAAAGUAAAUAACGAUAGAGUAUCAGAAUGGCCGAUCAGGAUCAAGAAACUAGCGAUCGUGGCGAUGCUGAUAACGUUAAAUCUGACAAACUUUUCACCUUGAAGAAAUGGAAUGCUGUAGCAAUGUGGAGUUGGGACGUCGAAUGUGAUACAUGCGCGAUAUGCAGAGUUCAAGUAAUGGACGCUUGUCUCCGUUGUCAGGCGGAGAGCAAAAAGGACUUUUACGGUCGCCAGGAUUGUGUGGUCGUAUGGGGCGAGUGCAAUCACUCUUUCCAUUAUUGCUGCAUGUCCCUGUGGGUGAAACAAAACAAUCGUUGUCCCCUGUGCCAGCAAGAAUGGUCGAUACAACGUAUGGGCAAGUGAACUACGAGGAUAAGUUUUUCAUUCAAAUAUUUCGAAAAAAAAGCUUGUACAAAUUUCCGUGGCUAUUUUCUGUUUCAUAAGCUUUACUGGAGAUUUCCAAAAAAGAUGUAAAAGAAGUCGUGAUGAAAAAUAAAUAUAACGUUGGUUGUACUAUA